AUGAAUACUUCAACCUCAUACAAUGUCUCCCCAUUCACCAGCGCAGUCGUCUCUUCCAUGCGACGCCUCUACCCUGAAUCCCUCGCCGACAAAUCCUUUGACAACACUGGCUUCCUCGUCCAAGCUCCUUUCCUUCCCGCCCGUCCUCGCAAUCGCAACUCGGUUCUGUUGACCGUCGACCUGACUCGCGCCGUUGCCGACGAGGCCAUUGAGAAUGGCGCCUCUGUUGUCGUCGCUUACCACCCCAUCAUCUUCCGCGGACUCAAAUCCAUCACCACAGACGACACCCAACAGCUGUCAAUGACCCUGCUGCUCGCGCACGGCAUCAGCGUCUACUGUCCCCACACCGCAGUCGACACGGUCCCCGACGGCAUGGCAGACUGGCUAUGCGACAUUGUCACAGGCAAGACUGACGUUCCUGAAGACCACGCUUACACCGCCACGUAUUCAUCAUCCGUACCGUCAGAAACAGAAGUCACCACCACCGAUGAAGACGACGACGCUAACGAGGAUUCGGAUGCUGCGCAGUCCCACGCGUCGACGAAGCCUACGUCCCCUUCCGCCGCGGACCACGACGACCCAUUCACAUCCACAGAUACACCCAAGCCAAACAAGAAGCUAAGACUGUUCAGGCCGCACUCUCACAGGACGUACUCGAAGCCCACGUAUCCCCGGCCGACGGAGGAUUUCCAGCCAGCGGUCUUGCCCCAUUCAAGGAGCGUAAUCACACCUUCGCCGCGGGGGGCAUUGGAUGAAGCGAAUCGAUUUGUGGCGUCUGACACGGACAUCUAUCACCCCAACAACACCGGCGCAGGGAGGUUGAUUGAGUUCGCGGAGCCGCAGCCCUUGACCGUCCUCAUCACGCGUAUCGCGCACGCCAUCGGAUUACCCAAGGGGUUCGCCAUAGCCGUACCGCAAGGUAAGACCUUGGAGGAGAUUGCCAUUGCGAGCGUGGCGACUUGUCCAGGCAGUGGAGGCAGCGUGGUGAGGGGUUGUCGUGCGGAUCUCGUCUUCACGGGCGAAUUGAGUCAUCACGAGGCUCUGGCCGUGACGGAGAGGGGUGGAUGUGUGAUCAGCCUUUUCCACACGAAUUCGGAACGGGGGUAUUUGUGGACGGUCAUGAGGGAGAAAUUGGAAAACGAAGUCAGGGAUGAGUGGGCGAGGGUGAGGAGCGAGGAGGGCGCAAAGAUUGGGCUCGACGGCGAGAUUAAAGAAAUGUUACAAGAUGAGAGUGUCGAGGUCGUGGUGAGUGAGCGCGAUAGAGAUCCCUAUGGGAUUGUCGUGCUGGAAGAGACGGCGGUGGAAGGGGUAAGGAUCGGGUCUGGAUCAAGUGGCUGA